UUCUUUUAAUAGAAGUUGAUUAGUGUCUACCAGGCACAUUACUGAACAGAGACACCAGCCAGGUUUGAUUUUACUCUCGAUUUUAUUAAUAAGAAGCUAUCUGCAUCCUUGUUACAAGAUGAACAUGAAUGCAGUGAUCUGUUUGAUGUCAUUGCUGUCUGUCUGGAUGCAGACUGGAGAAGGUCAGAUUUUCCAGCCUGAGCUUACACCUAAUGCUUUUCUAGCCACUGUCACCAGCAAUACAGUGAUACUGAAACAGCCUUUUGGUGUAUUUGACCAGACGUGCCUUGGCUGUGAGAUAUGGCUGGCAGCUGGGCUGUGCUCCGCAAACGGCAUCUUUGAUGCUCAAGUGAACAGCUCAACUCCCAACAUCCUCGGCUUGUCACCCUACCCAACAGCAUUCAACCCAUCAUCAAAAAACUUCUUUCUGACCAGAGUUGGACUUCUGUCAGAUUUCCCCUGUAGUCAGUCCUCCAAUGAUCGCUACUUCGUAGUCGGAGCUGAUGGGCAAUGUAGUGGCAUCAACUGUAAUGGUGUACUUCCUGAUGGACUCCCCGUCUGUUUCAAGUAUCUUCUAAUCAAUACUAAUGGGAAUCUUGUUAAUUCGUCGAACUGGUCCGUCAACAUCACUCUCCCCAAACUACUAAACCAUCAAACCAUCAAUGAUGGUCUGAGUGCGAGAUCUGGCGCCAUGGUUGUGAUUACUGCCAUCCUAUGUGCGGCAGCGGGUCUGCUUUUACUUCUUUUCUUCAUUAUGUUAUGCAUAACCUGCUGUACCAAGAAAGAAAGUAAGCAAAUCUCAGUCACGGACUCAAUCCGUAUCCCCCGCUAUGACACCCACGACCUAAAGGAGCACGUGCACCCCUACGACAACCCUGCUUACCAGUCGGACUUGAAAAAUUACUCCACAGCCAAAACUCUGCCCAGGGACGGCGCCAAACAAAAGCUGUGAGCUACUACUGAAGACACCAUCACUGCACUGCAUAUUUCAUGGGAAACCAAAUUACUAUGCAGUAUUUUCUCUUUCAAUAUGUUACAAGGCGAAAUUGAGGACAGGAAGUGGACUUGAAAUUAACUCAUCAACAAUAGGGCACUUACAUCAUGCAUAUGUUACACUGCUGUUUGGCAUCAGAACAUUGUUUCCUGUGUAGUAUCAAACUAGAAUAGUUGUGCUUUAUGUUUAUUUUUUAGCCAUCAUUGGCCUCAUUAUUGUUUGUGAUCAACGGAAAAGACAGGACAGGACUACACUACCCUGACUACAACAGUGCAUGGUCUUGAAUCCAACACACAUCUGCACAUUCAGCAUGUCUCCCUUAUUUAAAACACCUGAUUCAGAUCAUCAGCUCAUAAGAAGAGAGCUCCAUGAACUGAACUGAGUGUGCCAGAUAAGAGAGACAUACAAAAUGUGCAGAGCAGUGGGUCCCAAGGAACCAGAACUGAAAACCACUUGACUUCAACAAGCAAAUUCACUAGAUGGCGGUGUUUAGUAAAUAAGCAAAUGUGUGGGAGAGCGACAGUCAUACUUUAGUUAUUUACUAGUGCAGUGUUUUCCAACCUUCUAUGUCUUAAGGGUCAGAUAGGCUUAAAUAACCUUUAAUGAACAUUAAGCCAGGUGAGUAGUUAUUAUAAUACACUUUAUGCCAAGAUGAUUUAUGACUUUGACCUUUGACCU